AUGACUGCUCUUGUUGCCUCUACUGAGCCUAUAGGAUUCAAAUCUGCUACUAAGAAUCCUACUUGGCUUGCCGCCAUGGAUGAAGAAGUUCAAGCUCUACAAACUACUCGCACCUGGAUCUUGCGUCUUGAAACCCACCUAGUUGCCAAGGGCUAUACACAAGUACCUGGUCUUGACUACAAUGACACCUUUAGUCCUGUUAUCAAGGCUACCUCUGUUCAUGUUGUACUUUCUAUUGAUGUGACCAACAAAUGGCCUCUUCAGCAACUUGAAGUUAAGAAUGCGUUCCUCAAUGGAACUCUCACUGAAAAUGUUUAUAUGGAGCAGCCUCCUAGUUACAUUGAUCAUCGCUUUCCUAAUCAUGUUUGCAACAACUCCUCUCUUCUUAGCAGCUUCACUUGCAAGCUCAAUUCUGAGUUUGCCACUAAGGAUUUGGGUUCCCUUAGUUACUUUCUUGAUCUUAAAGCUUUGUCAACUAAAGAUGGUCUUUUCAUCAUUCAGCUGAAGUAUGCAGGGGAUAUUCUCACGAGGGCUCAGUUACUUGACAGAUCCCAGUCUCUACAGAUCUCUCGCCGGCGCCCUCCAAUACUUGACCAUCACGUGCCCAGACAUUGCCCAUGCGGUCAACUCUGUCAGCCAAUUUCUACACACUCCACUACAGAUCAAUUUCUUGUUGUUAAGCGUAUUCUUGGCUAUGAUAAAGGGACCCUCCACUUUGGCCUCACUUUUCACUCAUCUGCAACUCCUGGUGCUCUAGUUGCUUACUUUGAUGCUGACUGGGCUGAAUGUCCCAUCACUCAUUGUUCUACUUCUGGCUACUCCAUUUAUCUUGGUAACAAUUUGGUUUCUUGGAGUGCCAAUAAGCAACCUACUGUAUCCCAUUCCAGCUGUGAACCUGAGUAUCGUGCCCUUGCGCACAUUGCAGCCUAA